CUUUCCUCUGGAUCCUGCCCAUCAGCAGCAUCCCGCCACCAUGGACACCAAGGACAACGAGCCCGCCACCCACAUCGAGAAGGACGCUCUCCCCAGCUCUGACAAGGAAGUAUCCUACCCGCCCGAGAAGGAAGUCAGCUAUGACCCCGUCACCGAGCACAUUGGCGACACUGACGCCCGCCGCUCGUCGGUCGCCCACAACCUCGUCGAGAACCCUCUGGCCCGCCAGUCCAGGGAGGAGUGUGUCGCCGCCGCCGACGAGUGGGCAAGCAAGCAUGGCCUCGAAGACAAGGCUGGCCUGUUCCGCAAAGCUGCUCUCGUCGCCCGCGACCCGGACCGCUUCGAGAUGCUGACCGAGCUCGACGACGAUGAGCGCAAUGCUCUGAUCUACGAGCGCGACCACAAGUGGCACGGCCCCACCAUGUUGUGGUACGCCAUCGGUCUAUGUGCCAUUGGAGCUGCCACGCAGGGCUGGGACCAAACGGGAUCCAACGGCGCCAACUUGUCUUUCCCAGAGGAGUUUGGUCUCACCGGCAGCGAAUGGGGCGAGUGGAUCGUUGGACUGAUCAACUCCAUCAUCUUCCUGACUGCUGGUCUCAUUGGCGCUUUCAUCGUCGACCCCCUCAACAAGUACCUUGGCCGCAGGGGUGAAAUCUUCGUCACUGCCAUCUGCCUGACUGUUACCCCCAUUGGAUCGGCUUGUGCGCAGUCAUGGGAGGGCCUGUUCGCCGCUCGCUUCAUCAUGGGCAUCGGUAUCGGUGCAAAGAACGCCACUGUCCCCAUCUACUCGGCUGAGAUGGCUCCCCACCGAAUUCGAGGCGCCCUCGUCAUGUUCUGGCAGCUGUGGGUCGUCGUUGGUAUUUUCCUGGGCUUCUGCGCCAACGUCAUUGUCAAGGAUACGGGCAGAAUCUCAUGGCGAUUGCAGCUUGGAUCAGCCUUCAUUCCUUCUUUCAUCCUCAUGGUUGGCAUCUACUUUUGCCCAGAGUCACCUCGAUGGCUGAUGAAGCACGGCAAGGUUGCCCAGGGCUAUGACUCCAUGAGGCGUCUGCGUGCGCAUCCUAUCAUUGCCGCGCGUGACUACUACUACUCAUAUGUCAUCUACGAGACCGAGCUGGCUGUUGCACGUGGAGCUGGUUACUUCGACCGCCUGUGGGACUGCUUCCGUGUACCCCGAAUCAGGCGCGCCAACUACGGUGCUUCUACCGUCAUGAUUGCGCAACAGAUGUGCGGAAUCAACAUCAUAAGCUUCUACUCGUCGACAAUUUUCAGCCAAGCCGGAUACAGCAACGACCAGGCCUUGUACGCAUCGCUCGGCUACGGUGCUAUUCAAGUUGUCUUCACGAUUCCCACUCUGUUUCUCAUCGACACAAAGGGCCGCAGGACUCUUUGCAUGUGGACUUUCCCUCUGAUGUGUAUCUUUUUGCUCGCAGCAGGCCUGUCCCUCCUUCAACCCGACACCGUGAGCAAAGCUGCCAAGAUUGGCCCCGUCAUCCUUUUCGUCUACCUCUUCACCAUCUGCUACUCGCUCGGAGAAGGCCCCGUGGCGUUCCAGUACUCUGCCGAGGUUUUCCCCACGAUCCAGCGUGAGCAGGGCAUGGCCUGGGCUGUGUGCAUCAACAACACGUUUGCCGGCGUCUUGUCGCUCACGUUCCCCCGCAUGGUGUCAGUCAUGAGCCAGACGGGUGCCUUUGGCUUCUACGCCGGCCUCAACCUGAUAGCCUGGUUCAUGAUCUUCUGCUUUGUCCGCGAGACCAAGCAGCUGACGCUCGAAGAACUCGACCAGGUCUUCAGCGUCCCCACCAAGACCUUCCUGCACUACCAAAUCACGGAGCAGGUGCCCUACUUCUUCAAGCACACGCUACUCCGCCAAAACGUCCCCGAGCCUCCGCCCAUCAUCGAGAAGACGCACGACACGCGCGCUGUCCCGACCGUCUAGAUGUUUUCUGCAUCAAGGCAGGGAGUGGGUAUCAAGGAUUUGCGUACAUUGCACUCGACGUUUCCAUGUGAUUUGACAUCAUGAGAAACUCGU